AAGACUGGGCUUGGCUGUAGAGGUUGAACAACAUAGUUGUUUUGUUUCUGCAGUCCCUUUGCAGAACGUGCGAUGCGCCACGGUAGUGCAACUAUUUAAAAUUAAUGUGAAUACGUGACUUCUUUUGUUACUUUUUCCGUUUUCCCUCAUAACUAUCUCAAGGCAAAAUUACCCAUUCACCUCUCUUGGUGUUUGAAAUGUAAUACAAUUUUUAAAAAAACACGGAUAAUUUAAUUGCCUAUGUGCCUCGUACCGAAAGGAAAUCAUUUCACCUCCUGCAAAGGCUGGCGGACGCAACGAUGAAGUUGUGUGUGUCAGAGGAGAGUCAGCGACUGGACAGAUUAUUGGAGGAUGCCCUGGCGCGGGAGGCUCGCUUGUGGAAAGCGCCAGUCCUGGAGAAUGAUUUGAUACAGGGCACAGACAUAUGCCUUAUACAACACCAGGAAGUGAUUUUGUGGCUGAGAGAGAUGAACACGGCGUUUCAGUUCUGCCAGGAAACGUAUGCAUUGGCUGUGUGUGUUCUAAACAGACUGCUGGCAACAGUGAAGGCACAGUCGAAGUACCUUAAGUGUAUUGCAAUUACAACACUUAUUCUUGCUGCAAAGAUCAAUGAAGAGGAUGAGGUAAUUGCAUCAGUUAAAGACCUUUUGGCACAGAGUGGCUGCAGCUUCUCAACAGCCGAGAUUCACCGCAUGGAGCGGAUCAUCCUGGACAAGCUGCAGUGGGAUCUCUACACAUCAACACCCAUCGAUUUCAUCCACAUUGUAAGUCAUUUCACACAAAGGGGCUAUCGUCUUUGCUCUUGCUAUAACAACACUUGUACAAAAAAUCACAAGAAAUUAGGGGGUUGA